GCUUGAGGAAGGGGAAGCUGGAGUUUGUUGUAUUGUUUCCAUAGAACUCGUGUAUUGUGCUUUACACCUUGUUAUCGCCUUAUUUUUACGGGUUUGUUGCAAUAUUUCAUCUGUUUACGAUUAAAGAACGUAUUUUUUGACGAUGCCACCCAAAAAGCGCAACUCUGGUACACAGAAAGACCUCAUCAAGCCCGGCGCUGAAGCUGGAUCUCAAUCGGACAAGAAGGAAAGCCCAGUUUUAUCACUGAAAAAACACAGGGAUAAAGACACAGAGUUCGUCAUCUUCUGCAAGAACCUUCAUGUGUCAGACCUGGUGUGUGAGCAGACCUGGAAACUCUGCAAAACUAUCCAGGAAACAGUGACUGAAGAAGUGGAGGGCCGUGCAAAGCUUUGGGGAGCUUGUCUUUUUGUGACUGUGACAGAUCUUGACGCAACAUGUUUUACCUUAACCCAGCUUCUCAAGGCUAUCAAUAUGAAUGUCAAAGGGUUUCUCGGUUUUGUGAGAAAACUUGAUGUGAAUCUGGAUACUAUCAGUACAAAAGUUAAUGCAGCUGUAAUGAGACUGGAGAAGAAGUACGAUGUGACACUGGCUCUUUACCAGAGGUUUGAAAAAACAUGUAAGAACAUAUUUGUUUUGGGCUUGAAUGAUGGAAAUCGAGAGCUGGCACGAAACUGCUGGACACUGUUUCUCUUGGCCAAAGGAAAGGCUUUGCAGAUGGAGGACGACUUGGUCAUAUCUUUCCAGUUGCUUCUUUGUGCAAUGGAAUAUUUUAUUAAGCGUUGUCCUGCCGACCUUUUGCAGCCUCUUUACAAAUCAGCCAUCACAGUCCAGAGUCCUCCAACACGAACAUCUCGUCGAAGCCAAAACAAAACCAAAGCACGACCUCCUGAACCGGAGCUGGAUGUGCAGCUGCUGGACACUUUAAGCAAAGAGAAUGAAUGCAAUGCUGAAGAGGUGAAGAACGUGUAUCAGACAAGCUUCACUGCCUUCUUGGAGUCAUUGCAUCUGUCAAAAUCUAUAGAUUUACCUCAGGUUAACAUUCUGAAUCAGCAGUAUGAGGAGCACUACCUCAAGGAGAGGGACUUCGAUGCCCGACUGUUUUUCGAUGGAGACGAGACCAUCUUUGCUCCUAAAACUGAAAUAACACAAAUGGAAAAAACACCAAAGAAAAACUUGCAGGAAGACGAUGCUGUCCGCGUCCCUCCACAAACCCCAAUCAGGGCGGCUAUGACGUCUAUUCAACAACUCCGAGGUGAUCUGGUCUCCAAUGGAGAUAAGCCCUCUACAAAUCUGAACAUAUAUUUUAAAAAUUGUACUGUUGACCCCACACAAAAUGUGCUGAAAAGACUGGAAAUUCUUGGGCAAACCUUCAGCCAAAGAUUCUGCCAGGCUGUUGGUCCACGCCUCAUUUCUACUGGGAAACAAAGAUACACCCUUGGCGUCAGGCUGUAUUAUAAAGUGAUGGAGGCGAUGCUGAAAUCGGAAGAGGAAAGACUCUCCGUGCAGAAUUUCAGUAAAUUACUUAAUGAUUCAAAAUUUCAUACAUCUCUCCUGGCCUGUGCACUGGAAGUUGUCAUGGCGACAUAUGGAGAGAGCAGUUUUAAAUCUGGAGGAAGUGGUGAGUCAUCUGAAAGCAACCUGUGCUUCCCCUGGAUCCUCGACGUCUUUGAACUUGCAGCUUUUGACUUUUACAAAGUGAUUGAGAGUUUCAUCAAAGCCGAGCCCUCUCUGAGCAAAGAUAUCGUCAAACACCUGGAGACCUGUGAAAACCUCAUCAUGGAGAAGAUUGCAUGGCUUCCGGGCUCCCCACUCUUUGACCUUCUGAAGCUUGAGCAGGAGGCACCAGUGGAGACUCCAGCCAGCCUCAACCAACCACUGCAGCACAACCACACAGCAGCCGACCUAUAUCUGUCUCCUUUGCGCCCGGGUAUUCGGAUCUUGCCUCCUGAGUCUACUGCCACCCCCAGCGCUCAGGCCCCUGCAUCGGCCCCUGCAUCGGCCCCUGCAUCGGCCCCUGCAUCGGCCCCUGCAUCGGCCCCUGCAUCGGCCCCAACCCAAGUUGCAGCUCAGCCAAGCCGACAUGCAAAGUCUAACUCUCUCAGUCUCUUCUACAAAAAAUUGUACCGUCUGGCCUACACGCGUCUGAAGAUGCUCUGUUCCUACCUGCUUUCUUUUCACCCUGAACUGGAACCCAUCAUUUGGACCCUGUUCCAGCACACACUGCAGUAUGAGCAUGAGCUUAUGAAGAACCGCCAUCUUGACCAGUUGAUGAUGUCAGCCAUGUAUGCCAUCGCCAAAGUGAAAGGCGUAGAUCUGCGUUUCAAGACUAUUGUUACAGCAUACAAGAACAUGCCAAACACCAAACAAGAGACCUUUAAGCAAGUUCUGAUCUCCGAAGGAAACUACGACUCCAUCAUUGUCUUCUACAACCAGGUCUUUAUGCAGAGGCUCAAAACAAACAUCCUACAGUAUGCAUCCCCCAGGCCUCCAACUCUUUCUCCAAUCCCACAAAUCCCUCGUAGUCCAUACAAAUUCCCAAACUCUCCUCUCCGAGUCCCGGGAAGCAACAACGUGUACAUCUCCCCAAUGAAAAACACGCGCAUGUCUCCUGGCAUCAUGACCCCACGCUCCAGAAUGCUGGUAUCCAUCGGUGAAUCAUUUGGGUUGUCAAACCGCUUCCAAAUGAUAAACCAAAUGGUGAACAGCAGUGAUCGCUCCUACAAAAGGACUCUGGAUCUCGGACCGAGUCUUAAACCUUUGAAGAGGCUUCGUUUCGAUGUUGAUGGUCAAGAUGAAGCUGAUGGCAGUAAAUCUAGUGGAGACUCCACCCUGAUCCAGAAACUUGCAGAGAUGAGCUCCACUCGAAGCCGAAUGCAGGAGCAGAAGAUGAAGGAGGAUGCGGAAUUAAAAAAGGACUAACAACUGAGCUAAUGUAACCUGCACUGUCUGACACAACUUGUACAACUAAACAUUUGGUUUAAUUUUAGGAGUCAAAUCUUCUGUUAAUUUUAAAGUGAUCUACAUAAGCAUGUAGAAGUAAUCAUACUUUUUAAGAGUGUUAUAAAAACUAAAAUGACACAUUCUAAGUUGAAAUAUUAAUUGAGAAUCUUGUCAUGUCCUUUAGUCAUUUUGAAUUUUCUUAGAUGUUUAAAUCAUGUUUUAAAUUAUAUGCUAAAAUUGUAAGUGUCAAUUCACUAUAAAAUAGUUGGCUUAAAAUCUAUUUUUAACUGUUAGUGCCUGUAAAAAAAAAAAAAAAAAAAAACUAUUACACAGUCUGUUCAAGUCCAUGGCACUCUCAUUGGUCACUUUAAUACCUAGGUUUGAUUAUAACUUGGAUGAUAGUUUUCCUAAUGUCAUAAUCUUCACAUGCGCAUCAGCUGAUGGCUUGAGGCUGUUAAGACUUUACAGUUUGUGUACAGUACUGACAACAAGAAGAACUCAUACUACAGCUGUCACAAAGAACAGUAUACACUUCUCUGGACACAUCUUCAGAUGCAGUGCUAAAUAAUGGAACAUUUAUUUUGUUUUUAAUAUGUGUAUAUUGUACUUUUGAGUAGCUUUUAAAUGUAGCAUUUUUGAAUUGGGGCUGUUAUGUUAUUUUACAAAAAAGAUCACUACUUAGACAGUAUUUUAUGUCUUGUUUUGUAAACAAGUACAUUUUUGUGCCAUAUGAAACACAAUUCCACUAGACCACUCUUCCUACCUAUCACAGUUUUUUAUGCAUUAUUUCCUGAUUGUUUUGUCAAAAGUUGGAUUUAAUAUAAAAUUCGUCUAUAUUGCU